AUGGGAAUAACAAUAAUUCGCAAUUCCACCGGCACGGGACGCCAGACAACAGCCAAAGGCCCGCCUGAGUACUUUACCGGCGAUGUUUGGGCGGAUGUGGCCUACGCCGACAGCUCGAUAUGGGUCGGCAAUGUCACUUUCACACCCUGUGCCCAUACCAAUUGGCACACGCAUGAAAGGGGACAGUUUCUGCGGAUCUUGGCCGGCUCUGGGUGGAUAUGUGACAGGGGUGGGAACCCACAGAGGGUAAACGUCGGAGAUAGCAUUUGGUGUCCCCCGGGGACAACGCACUGGCAUGGUGGCGAUGAUGGCAGCUACAUGACACACUUGGCGAUUGCCUUUGGAAAGUCUGAGUGGUUGGAGCCUGUUUCGGAGGUCGAUUAUGCGAGUAAAAAUGACUAG